AUGUCUCUAUGCGCCGAGAUUCAUGAGCCACAACACAGAGUCCGACAGAGAAGGGACUCAAAGUCGCAACCCAUCCGCAAGCGCAUUAUCAUCUGCUGCGACGGAACAUGGCAAUCCGCAGUGUCAGGAAAGAAAAACGUCCCAUCUAAUGUGACGCGUCUCUGUCGCGCCCUGAACAGUGUCGGAACCGACGAACACGGGAAUCAAUGGCAGCAAAUAGUCUGGUAUGAUUCCGGAAUUGGCACGACCUCAGGCCCUUUGGGCCAAAAGGUUGAAGGCGCCAUUGGCCUAGGCCUGGAAGGGAAUGUCAUCGAAGCGUAUAAUUUCUGUGUCCUGAACUACAGACCCGGCGACCAGAUUAUGUGUUUUGGGUUCUCGAGGGGUGCGUUCACAGCCCGGGCCAUUGCAGGUUUGAUUUCGGAUAUUGGUAUUUGCAGUAAACAGGAUUUGAAUCAGUUUCCCGAUCUCUGGAAGGUUUAUAAGAAAAAUAAGCCCGGCGAGCGGUUCUAUUGCAGUGAUCUCUGGUUUGAGUGGAUGGAUGGGAAGGCGGAUGAGAAUCAGGGCGCUCGGGGCGAUACUUUCGUAUUUGAAAAGCGUCCUGAGGGUGACUGGGCUCAGGAGGGGUCAAGGGAUGUGGAAGUUGUUGGUGUUUAUGAUACAGUCGGCGCCAUCGGAAUGCCGGAGGUGCUGGGGAUCAAGCUGCCAUCUUGGUUCUUGUGGUGGUCGGAAAAGAGUGGGUGGGAAAAUGUUGGACUUUCACCUAAUGUCAAACAUGCAUUCCAGGCUUUGGCCCUCGAUGAACGCCGCAACGCAUUCUCACCUACUCUAUGGUAUCUCCACAAACUUGGAAACGUCACUUCGGAGCAGAUACAAACCCAGAGGAAGAUGGUCGACCAGCAAGCUCAAAAAUGGGAUGAUCUCUUGCAAGAGGCGAUCCGCCUCAAGGGUAGCGGCAAAGCUAGCGAUGCAGACGUCAACAAUGCAGCUCGAAAGCUAAACCAGACUGCCAGAGCCUUAAACCAGGAGACCCGAAAGCUCCUAAAGUUGGAAGACGACCACAAACACCAGGACAACCCCCGCACAUUGACACAAGUAUGGUUCCCCGGCUAUCACAUUAACAUCGGUGGAGGCUCGGGGGAUACCCUUAAAGAUAAGGGCGACAUGGAAGAAAUGUCUAAUAUCACGUUCUCCUGGAUGCUGGACCAAAUCAAACCUUACCUGUCGCUCAACGAGGAGUCUAUCUCUGAAGAAAGAGAAGAGAUGGAAUACCAUAUUUCAACGCUUGUCGAAGACACAGUCCAUGAGACGUCCUUAAGUUGGGCUCAACGCAAGGUCGCAGCAAUAGCCUCAGCUUUCAAACCCAAACGUUCCCCCACGUCUUCCAUUAAGUCUGUGGACAAUCGACGCAGCUAUGGCUGGGGAAUAGGCCCACUGGAGGACAGCUUCACGCCAUUUUACUAUCUCAACGGGUCAAAGAGGCGCACACCUGGACGCUAUGAUCCUUUUGACCAAGAUGGAAAUCUGCUGGGAGAGACGUUUGAAUUUGUCCAUCCAGUGGUAGGAUUUAGGGAGAAGCAGAUCAAGGAUUACACGCCGAUUGGGCGUGAUGUUAAAUUUACCCGUCGGAAGGCGGUUGACGAGAAGGGCCGUGCUGGUUAUGUUUAUGAUCUUGGAGAUUCGCGCAGGCCCUUGCCUGAGUGGCGCCUAGGAGGACUUGACUCUUAUGAGAGACUCGCCAUCACUGGAAAGGCUGCAUAUGACUAUGUCGACGAACUAGAUCUAUAUUUGAAGACUGGGAUCAAAACACCCCGUCGGUCUGCUUGGGGAGUUCAAGAUGUUGACCUCGGAAUUGAAGUGCUCAAAGCUGGGGGCUUGCGACCGGGGGAUUUAAAAUCGGAGAGGUCUCAACAGAGAAAUCUCCAGUCGACAGGAUUUGGAACCAAGGAAAUGCAAUUGAACAGCUCAGAUGUUUCAUAUGCCGGGGAGGCAGUGAGUUCGACGUGA